AUGUCAUAUUUUCAUCUUUACGGAUGCCUCCCGAUUCCAAGAGAUUUGAGAAUGGAAUCGUCGGCUCUUAUCCCAAAUCUUGGGGACCCAAGGAACUUUCCGCCAACUUCUUCUGCUUUGGUGAACUUCUCCUCCAAUUCAGCACCGUCUCGGGAGAAUCAGAGCAAUUUUCGUCAGUGCCAAAUCUGCUCGGAUCAAGCGACUGGUCGCCAUUUCGGAGUGCUCGCAUGCGAAGGAUGCAAGGGCUUCUUCCGGCGCAAUAUUCAAAAGAACGCCCGCUUCAUUUGCUUUUACAACAAUAAUUGCGACGUGUACGGAAUAAAGAAACGCAAAUGUUGCCAGAAAUGCCGCAUGGAUCGAUGCUUACAAGCAGGGAUGAAUCCAGCGCAAAUUAAAAAGAAUAACCCCACUCGAAAGAAGCCGCGAAACGAAAAGACGCCAGCUUCGAAUCCGACGCCGAAUCCAGCCACUGUGACGCUGAAUCCAGUGCCGCGCCUUUCCUUCGACCCUGCCGCUGGUUUCGGCAGCUCCGCGCGUCACACAGAUCUGCUGCUCGCAAGAAACAACCGAACCCAAUCGCCCAGUCCGUCCAACGAAGUUGAAACUAGCUACGAAUCGACCAUUUCUUCCCCUUCAAAACGCUCCUACAGUGCUGUCAGUCAAAAGACUGGAGCCUCCUCGACAGGUACAGCUUCGACGCGCCCUUCCGUCAUCAGGAAAGAGCACAACGGGCGCAUCUGGAUCAUCGACACCGAAACGAGCUCAGAAAUCCUCGAGCGCGUGCACCACGCUUCCGAUCUUGGCCUCAAUCGCGGGGCGCACCGACCGCCAGCUUCGCUACCGCCCAGAAAGUGCUGGCUCUCCUCUUGGAACCAGCCACAGCGCAUGGCAGAUGUCAAAACAGAAAUUCGGGAGCGCGAAACCGCCGACGAAGUUACCAAAAUUGUCUUCAAGAACAGCUACGAAACGAGCAUGGCCUGCAAGGAACUCUGUCAAAGUUGUCCCUGCUUCAGCAGAUUGGAUGAAAACGAUCAAAAUCAGCUGUUUGAGAAGGCGCGCUACGAAUUGCUCAUUGUCUAUUCCUAUUACCAGAACAAGAUGACCAUCAAGAAGACCGCAGAGAAUUCGAAUAACAUGAUGAAGCAACUCAUCAACUCGCUGGACAAGUGCGACAUCAAGACGUGGGAGGACGUUAAGCUCAUCAUGCUGCUAUCGGUGCUCAGCAGGGAUCGUCUGGGCAAGAUAAACGCCAUCAGAGACGUCAAACUAAUCGAAGAAUCUUCAAACGAAGUGGUCGCACAAAUCGAAGAACAGUUCGCAGAAGUCGGCGAAGGCGGCCUCAAAAAGUCGAUUCUAGUGAUGAUCGUAAUGAGCCAGUUGCGCGAAGUAAACGAGUUCUGGAACCGCUGCGAUCUGGACAUCAACGGAGUGCCAAAUGAAGAAGAGCAGCACUGA